AUGUCAGCAGGCAACCACACUGCUGUAGUGGAAUUCAUCUUGCAGGGCUUCUCAGAAGACCCCCAGCUCCGGGGCCUGCUCUUUGUCCUUUUCCUCCUCCUCUACCUGACAGCUUUGGUGGGAAAUGGCCUCAUCAUUGCGGUUGUCAUUCUGAGCCCAGGCCUGCACAUUCCCAUGUACUUCUUUCUCAUUAUCUUGGCCAUUUUGGACAUCAUGUGCACAUCCACUGUUCUCCCCAAGCUUCUGGAGAACCUGGUGGUACAGGUGGACACCAUCUCCUACAAUGGCUGCUUGACACAACUCUUCUUCCUGACCUGGUUUGUGGGUUCCGAGCUGUUGUUGCUCACAUCCAUGGCCUUUGACCGCUAUGUGGCCAUCUGCCAGCCACUGCGGUAUGGCACCAUCAUGAGUUGGCCACUGUGUGCACUGCUGGCCACGGCUGUGUGGACAUUCAGUGCGGUCAAUGCAUCAGUGCAUACAGGCCUCAUGGCACAGCUGAAUUUCUGUGGCCCCAACCACAUCCAACGCUUCUUGUGUGAAGCUCCCUCGCUGCUGCCACUGUCUUGCAGCUCCACGGCACUCAACAAUUUUGUAACUAUCAUAGCUGAUGUGUAUUUUGGUGUGGUCAACUUCCUGCUCACCGUGACCUCGUAUGGCUACAUUGUGGCCAGCAUCCUGCGCAUCCGCUCAGCCUCCGGAAAGCGCCGAGCCUUCUCCACCUGCUCCUCCCACCUUCUGGUGGUCACCUUGUACUACUCCACUGUCAUCUACACCUACUUCUCUGGAGCCUCUGUGGAGAAUGGGAACGUGGUGGCUGUACUGUACACAGCAGUCAGCCCUGCUCUGAACCCGCUCAUCUACACGCUGCGGAACAAAGAUGUGAAAGCUGCCUUCCAGAAAGUGGCUCCAAGCUCCUGGUGA